GGUUAACGGCCCGGGGGGGCGGGGCGGGGCGCGGGAGGCGGAAGCGGCCGCGCUCGGGGCUCCCCGCGCGCCGAGGCUGCUGUCGGCGGGACUCGACCCCGCGACCCCCCGACCUGGGACGGCGAGCGAGGUCGCUCCCGCGCGGGACCGAGGCGCGGCAGCCGGCGUUCCGGGGCGCCCGGCAGCCCCGCACCCCCAUGGGCCAGACGGCCCUGGCCGCGGGCGGCAGCGGCACCCCGAGCCCGCGGGCCCUGUACCCCGACCUCUCCUGUCCCCGGGGCCUGGAGGAGCUGCUGUCGGCGCCCCCUCCGGACCUGGGCACGCAGCGGCAGCACGGCUGGAACCCCAAGGACUGCUCCGAGAACAUCGAGGUCAAGGAAGGGGGCCUGUGCUUCGAGCGGCGGCCGGUGGCCCAGAGCACCGACGGCGUCCGCGGGAAGCGGGGCUACUCCCGGGGCCUGCACGCCUGGGAGAUCAGCUGGCCCCGCGAGCAGAGGGGCACCCACGCCGUGGUGGGCGUGGCCACGGCGCUGGCCCCGCUGCAGGCCGACCACUACGCGGCGCUGCUGGGCAGCAACAGCGAGUCGUGGGGCUGGGACCUGGGGCGGGGGAAGCUCUACCAUCAGAGCAAGGGGCCUGGGGCCCCCCACUACCCCGCCGGGCCUCAGGACGAGCCGCUGGAAGUGCCGGACAGGCUGCUGGUGGUCCUGGACAUGGAGGAGGGCACUCUGGGCUACGCCGUGGGGGGCACCUACCUGGGGCCCGCCUUCUACGGACUCAAGGGCAGGACCCUGUACCCGGCCGUGAGUGCCGUCUGGGGCCAGUGCCAGGUCCGCAUCAGCUACCUGGGCGAAAGGCAAGGGGAGCCUCACACCCUCCUGCACCUGAGCCGCCUGUGUGUACGCCGAGCGCUGGGGGACACCCGGCUCGCCCAGGUGUCUGCCUUGCCCCUGCCCCUGGCCAUGAAGCGGUACCUGCUCUACCAGUGACCCUCGGGACCCGGAGUGAGCUGAUGCCUGGACAUGACACUCCUUCCUCUCCAGGGGGCACAGGGGGGACGCUGGGCCCCUCCCCCCAGCCCCAGCCCAGCCCAGGGAUGGAUGCGCUUGGGCAAGACUGCUAUGGAGGAGUUUUUCAAGAAGAAAAAAAAAUAUAUAUAUAUCUCAGGAAUGUGUUGUUCUAGGAAUCUGUUUCCGGGGGUCCGGCCCCCAGCCCCUGCAAAGCCAAAGAUUCUCCAACAAAGCUCCAGGCUGAGUGCCAGAUGUUUAUUCCCCCUGCAGGCGGGACAGCUCACAGACACGACACACGCAGGCGUUGGCGACACGGGACAGCAGCAUCCCCCACCUCUGAGGGCACAGGGUGGUGCUUGGCCGCUGUCCUCUCGGUGGGAGAUGGGCGGAGAGGAUGAAGGCUUUGUUUCUCCAGCUCCUCCUCACUGGGGACGGAGGGGGGACACCCCCCCACUCCCCGCAGAACACUCGCAAGGAAGGGAUCUUCCACCGCCCGGCCAAGGAGAUGCCACCUUGGGGGACGCGUUCGGUUCUAAGCCACUACAGGAAGCGGAGAAGGGCUCGGCCUGGU